GGGACCGAACCAAUCGACAUCACAAAAGCCUCUUCUUUCUCUUCUUAAACUCGAUUAACAGCGACCAAAAAUUCGAAAUCCAGCCUCUUUCGCCACUCUAUCCAUACCAUACCAUACCUUACCUUAAUCUUUAUCUUACUGGUUGCAAUUACUCCUUCACCAAACACAAAACCCUUUGUAAUCCUCCCACCACAACAAGCAAUCCAACCCAUUUAUGUCAAAGAAAGGAGGAGCUGCGCUACAAAAGGAUGCGCCAUGGAGGGCACCAUCUACAGGCGUCAAACCCCUCCCCAAAAUCCAUCAUUCCCCUCUUCUUUGUCUCCCUCAGAACCCCUAUACCGAUUAUGCCGUCUCUCUCAUGAAGCACCCGGAUCCAAUUGGACAUGGGUUUGGAACAGAAGCCAUAGUGGAAGCAGCAGGGCCAGAGUGUAUUGUUCCUGGUCAGGUUACACCUGUUAAACUCCUUGGAUUAAAGGUCUGGCCUAUCGAAGUUGACUUGAAGUUCUUGGAACCUGUUGGCAAAGAACUUAAGAAUAUUGGGAAGUUUAUGGAUUCAGCAGUCGAGCUCAUGAACAAAUCAUUCAUGGACCAACGUUAGCCGUUUCAGGGGUUUAUUCUGCGGCCGACAUUAUAAUUAAGAGUACGAGUUAAGUUAGAGUAAAAUCCAGGAGCCCCAAGUGUUUGUAAUAGGGUUUGUUGAUGAUUUCUCAUCAAGUGGUGUGUUGAAAGUAGAGCACAAGAACUAUUUCUGAAAUCUUUGACUUUUAAGGUCAAACUUGUUACUUAUCUCAAACUCGAUACUCAUAUGGAACUAUGGAUUCUUGGUGCAAGUUAGCACCAACAUUUUUCUGUUUC